GCUCUGCCUCUGGAAUUGCACACCUGUGUCUGCACACUUAACGAAUGGAAACAGACUGAAUUCCUCCACAGAUGUUUUCAUGACCAUCGCACCAAACAAAAAAAAMCACUUCCUCUUCUUGAAAUAGUCCUAAAGGAAGAAGACAGAUCGAGAUGACGAGAUGAGUGUGAAACUGAUUGGAACUGCCGUCAACGUUUCUCAGUUCCUUUCAAAUUACUGGACUUCCCUCGUUUGCUGCAGGCUGUGAGCUCGCUCACACCUCUGGUCGUCCCGGUCUCCACCGCAAAACAUCUCCAACAAGAUCUCAGAAUGAGCGGCCUGGGUUUAUUGCUGUUUCUCUCAGGGUCUAUGUGUGGCUCGUUGCUUGUGAAGACAGCGAUUUAUGCCUCUACUGAGAACAAUACGUCUUCAGGCAAUUUGACCAGGAAACCUACAACUUUUCCACUUGUCACUGAGCAGAGUACCCCACCUUCACCCACAUCAAAGCCCAUCCAAACCACCACCACAUCACCCUGGUUAAACUUAACGGAAUAUCCUCGAGAGAUCAUAAUGUUUGGCGCACUGAUCGCAGGCUGCACCUUUUUCUUGAUGACCACCUUUCUGCUGACGUGUAAGGUGUGCAGGCUGAGCCGACGCAUCAGAAUGCUGAGCCGCAGCGCCCAGCUGAACAGCAACUCUGACUUCUUGGAGGCCAAGAAGGACACGAGCAAGUCGGAGGGCAAAGAUGAAGAGGCCGCCGUGUUGAUGUCUUACGCGACUCGAGCCAACCAGGAGCUGGACAGUGCUGCCACUGAGCAGGACGGAGGGGAGGCGGAAGAGAAGAACGAGAGCGGUUCUCUCACCAGCAAGGAGGCUUUGGCAACUGCAGUCAGUUCACAAGAAGAGCCCGCCGGCUCUGAGACCACCCCAGCAGCUGCAGCUGCCACUUCCUCCUCCGAGGGCACAGAGGAACCACAGAACCAGCCUUAAAGUUUUCUGUGCGUGAAAUCAAAGUUUCACUUUUAGCUCCUUUCACCUCUCAUGCAAAAUAUUUCCUAGCACCUUUUCAUUUUUGAAUAAGUGUUUCUAAGGCAGUUAAACUCUGUGCGAAUGAGGAAGCUUCUCCACGAUGUAUUGCUCUUACUUUUGUGCCAUUUUUACAAUUAA